AUGGCGGCGCUGUUCCGGCAGUGGCGGGGCAAGGCGGCCGUGGGGAUGGGCGGCGCAGCACUCAGGGAGGCCAAGCGGUCCCAGGGCGCACGGCGGCGGGGCGUGUUCCCGACGAUGCGAUUAAGUACGAUAUUAACGUCAAAACUAACACCGGGGUGUUACACUCCCUCACCAGAUCCAGGCGCCGGCGAGCCCUCCUCCCUCUCUCCCUCGCGCCGCCAGUCCCCUGCUCCCUCCGCCGUCUCCCCCUCCCCGAGGCUUUUCUGGAGCGGCAAGGGGCCUCCUCCCUCCCCCAGUGCCGGCCACCGCGCCACGCCUCCGCCCGGUGCCCACAACGACCGCGCCGGCCGUCGCGCGCGCGUCCGCGUGGAGCACGCGACGGGCCGCCCGUCGCGCGGAGCCGGCGACCGCACUGCCGUCCGUGCCCACCCAGCUCCAUCCGCCUGCACCCGCUCGUCGCGCGGAGCCCAGGAAGCCCAGCAAGACGGUGGCCUCCAUAUGCGCAGCGGCGGCGGUGGUGGCGAGCACGAGCCAGACGACGACGGCGAGCAGCGUGUGGCCAUGGCACAACGUGGGGGCAGGGCAGGGUACGGGCUGGCGGCGGCCGCGCAGAAGGGGAGGGAGGGAAGAUGGAGAGGGAGAUGA